AUGAAACCUACCGUACCUCAACGUUCAGUGUUUUGGACACUGGCUGGUCUUUAUCUGGCCACUAAGGUGUACGGACAGGAAGGGCUGUCUAUUGAUGUUCCAGUUGAGGUCCCGUUAGAUGCGUCGGAUGAAGUUGACCCAGACUUCCUUGGCCUUGCUUUCGAGCAGACGGCCUGGGUCCGCUACGCCACUGAUGACGCCGAGGGUAUGAACGUUUUCAGUAACAACCUCAUCAACGCAAUCUACUCCCGGACUGGCGGCAAACCGAUCAUCAGACUUGGCGGCACCUCGCCGGACUACGCAAAGUAUCUUCCCGGCCAACAAGAGCCUGCGCUUCCCGUAUCCGAGCAGGACAACUACCAGGACAUCGGGGGAACCACCAUUGGUCCCAGCUACUGGCCCAUUGCAAAGUUGUUUCCAAAUGCCAAAUUCAUGGUUCAGGUGCCGCUCGCGACGACAAACAUCAGUGAGACCGUUGCCUGGGCUGAAGCCGCUGUCGAGGGUAUCGGAAUCGACCAGAUUCAUUCUAUCCAAGUCGGCAACGAGCCCGACCUAUAUAGAGAUGACUUUACGGGUGAAGGUGGCAUGUUUCUCGGACCACCUGACUUCCAAGGAAAGCUAAACAACGAGACGUACAUUGGGAAUUACACCAAAUACGCUGCCGCCAUCCGGGACGCCAUCGACCUCCCAGAUCACUUUUUCACAACCUUUGAUGUAGCGGCUCAUGUAGAUACUCCCUGGGUGUCUCAGUGGAUCCUUGACGUCGAGACUGGCUUUGGUCUCGGGAUCGAUGCUGACAACAUCGUCAAGGAAGUUGCGCACCAUUUUUACCAGAACCAUGCGGGGGAGGCGGAAGAUCUAGAAUCCGGCCUUAUGACCAUGAAUUUGACUCACACGAACCUGGAUUAUCUCAAGCGGCACAUCAACUGGCUCAAGCAGAACCGCCCGGAUGUGCCGUUCAUCAUCAACGAGAUUGGCAAUUCGCUGAAAGUGACCAACUCAUAUCAGUACCAGGCCCGCCUCGGUAGCGCGCUCUGGGCGGUCGACUUCUACCUGUACUCUCUGUCAAUUGGGGUCUCGCGCUUCAACUACCAGCAGAUCAUGCAUUCCGGGUUCGACCUCUGGCUGCCCCACGCGAGCGGCGGCUUCCCAGCCCAGGUUUUCUCCAACUAUUAUUCGCAGCCCUUCUUGGCGGACUUUGUUGGAUCGUCAGGAAAAACGAGGGUGGCGAAGCUCGAUGUGGUGAUUGGCGAGUCAGUGCCGAAUCUUGCUGCAUAUGCUGCAUUUGAGGAUGGGGUUGUGAAGCGUAUUGCUGUUGCGAAUUUGGGUUACUGGAACAGAACAUCGUCAACCUUUGAUCGACCAGUGGCAUCAAUCAGACUUGAUCUCGCCUUGGAGACUGAUUUAUUGACGGUCGCUCAUCUGGGCAGCCCGGACGGUGCUGGUGCCGGCGCAGAGACCAUCACUUACGCCGGUAGUCAAUGGACAUUUGAGAGCCUGGGAGAGGAGGUCAAGGGCAUCCGGAAUGAUACGGAGGAGGUGGUUGUUGAGAAUGGAGGUGCUGUCAUUAAUGUACCAGCCAGUGAAGCUGUCAUUAUCUAUUUGUAA